AUGAUGGCUGCUCUCGGUGCUGUGUUCCAGCAUUACGUGACCUUUCCUGGGUUUGGCGAUGUGCCUCGCGGAAUCGAAGCCAUCUCGUCUGGACCGGGUGGCGUGGGCUUCCUUCUCCUCAUAGCACUCGGAGGUUACCUGGAGACGGGGAAGUUCAAGCAACAGGAGGGAAAAGAGCCUGGCGACUUUGGCGACCCGUUGGGCCUUGUUGAAAAGAACGUCGGGCAGUACGACACCGAAUGGCGGAACCGAGAAAUCAACAAUGGGCGCUUUGCCAUGUUUGCUGCGAUUGGAAUCAUCGCUGCCGAGAAUGAAACAGGUCUGGACGCUGUCGAGCAAGUCUUUGGCCUUUGA